CUGAAUAGGUCAGACACUAUGUAACACACACAACCACUCCCAAUCUCAGCAGCCGCACCCACCGUGUGCCCCCAGCUGUAUCCAUUCACUUCUCCUCCGCUGGCUUUGUGAGCAGGACGUAUUUCUUGUGUGCAGAAUCCCAAGAAAGGUAACUAUACACCAUGCCAGUCCAACAUAGAACAAUCAUUGUGACCAACACCAACACGUUAAGAUCUCCUGUUGGCAUUGUUCGCAUUCUUGCAGCAAUCUGUGCCUGUGUGACCUUCAGCUUGAUUGCACACAAAUCGGCAUGGAAUGGGAGUAUCGGAGACCUGUGUAUGUUCGCCUGGUGCUUUUGCUUUGCAGUUACCACAAUAAUACUUAUUGUGGAGUUUGCUGGCGUGCAAAGUCGAAUGCCAGUGUCAUGGAGAAACUUCCCCAUUACCUUUGCAAUGUUUGCUGUUCUUAUGUGCCUCGCUGCUACCAUUAUAUAUCCAAUUAACUUUCUUGUGAGCAAAGGGUACCAUGACGAACUACGGACAUACCAGAUUGUAGCAAUUGUAUUUUCUUGUCUAACAACAUUAGCUUACAUCAUUGAAGUAUCUUUAACCCGAGCCAGGCCUGGCGAAGUUACUGGAUAUAUGGCUACUAUCCCUGGACUUUUGAAAGUUAUUGAGUCGUUUGUUGCAUGCAUUAUAUUUGUGUUCAUUGCUGACCCACCUCAGUACACCCAAUAUGAAGCUCUCAAAUGGUGCUUGGCAGUUUAUUGUAUAUGCUUCAUUCUCUCGGUACUGAUAAUAAUUCUCUGCAUUGGGGAGUGCACUGGUUGGUUGCCCUUUGCGUUUAACAAGUUCCUAAGUGGUUAUGCCCUUUUAUCACUUCUCCUUUAUGCCACUGCCAUGGUAAUCUGGCCCCUGUACCAUUUUGACAGCAAGUAUGGUAACUCACAUAAAACAAGUGAUUGUGGACAUAACUAUAGGGUCUGUAAUUAUGAUAGAAGGGUAGCUAUUGCUGGCCUAACAGCCUUUAAUCUGCUUACUUACAUUGCAGAUCUAAUAUUUUCUGCAAGACUUAUAUUCAUAACUACAUCUACUAUAUAAUGUUUAGGGAAGAUGGGUCCGUGUUCAAAUGAAGUUUAGGGUUUACUGGUGCCUUAACCAGAAGUAUUUUAUUCUUUUCCAUUUUACAUGUGCUACUGCAAUAAAAAAAAAAAAAAAGUUUUUCUUCAACCCUUCUAAAUGUCAGCUGUACCUUCAUAUAUAUAUAUAUAUAUAUAUAUA